CACAGGUGUGAUAAAUCACCAUGGAGUAUAUAAUGAAAAAGAUGUUGCUGUCGUGUCUAGUGGCGUCCUCUGUGAUCAGCAUAGCGGCGUGCGCCGGCAACGAGUACCUCCCCCCAAGCAAGGGCUACAGCUACAAACCGCCCCGUAUACCAUUUAUCACCCCCACGAAGCCUCCGCAGCCUCCUCAGCCGCCUGUGACGUCACCGCCGCAGCGACCGCAGCCGUACCUGCCGCCUGUCACUACCACGCGGCCCUUCCCCAAGCCACAGCCAACGCCAACACCGCAUGUGCAGCCAGACCAUCCCCACGAGCACCACGAGCACCAUGACCAUGACCACCAUGACCACCAUGACCACCACCACCACCACGAGCCGGGUAUGCCGUUCGACUUCGCGUACGCAGUCAAUGAAGACGGCAACGACUACCAACACAAUGCGGUUUCCGAUGGUGAUGUGACCCGCGGCGAGUACAGAGUGGCGCUGCCUGACGGCAGAGUGCAAAUCGUAAAAUACACCGCUGAUUGGAAGAACGGGUUUAAUGCUGAUGUAUCAUACGAAGGAGAAGCGAGGUAUCCUGAGCCGAAUACAAAUUCGAUCAGCUCACCGAACCAAGGCCAGGCAUACUUACCCGCCAACCAAGGAGGCGGUUACAAAUAUUGAAAAAAAAAACUCAAAAAAGAAAAAAAAAGAGAUUGUACAUUGGAGUUAAAGAUACAAAUAAAGUUACUCUUAUUAAUGUUGUUGUUGUCUAAAAUUA